AUGUCUCGAGCUGCCGGUGCAAUGCCAACCCGACUUGCUACUGCUACUGCUACUGCUACUGCUGCUGCAACUACCACCACACGGGCGCCGAACAACAAGAGGAAUGCUAUCACCAAGCACCACGACAGGGACAACGAGAACAUGAUAGCGACAGAAACGACCGUCACAGAGGCAGUCAUACCGGCGACCAUACUACUUUCAACGGUCACUUCCAAGAAGGAAGAAAAGGGCACAAAGGCUGAGAAGCAAAAGCUCGAAAGACCAAGCUGGAUUGAAACCAAGAAGGAGGCCACCACCACCAACACGAAGCGGCCUGCCAAGGAAGUGGAGGACCUCGCAGCACAGAAGGAGCCCAGGGUAGAAGACGUGCGACCCAGACGUGCUUUCAGCUUCCACCAGACAGAGGAGAAGAAGGCCGUGCGGGCGGAGAAGGCCACCCACGUCGAGGAAAUCCGCUUCAGCGCGCCGAUCCGGAAGGACGACGAAAAGAAGGGGGGUUUUGUCGCUGGACUCGCCACCAAGUUCGGCAGCACGAAGAAAGCAGAGGACAUGCCAAUCUCGAAGAAGGACAUACCCCUACAAGUUGAGAUUCAACCUACCUCUACCUCUACGCACCGCACUUUCCUCCACUUACCCACCGAGGAGAAGCUCAACACACCUCCACCCCCUCUCAGCCCACCAACAACAGAAGAGAAGAAAAUCAACCCCAUUGCCGACGACUACUUUUCUCACUCCCACUGGUCAAUCCGUGACGACAGCAAGCAAGAAUCCGACGCCGAACUCGCCCAACGUCUCGCCAACACCGAAAAGAUCUUCCGCCAACAAGAACAAAAGAUCCAAGCCGCUCUCGACAGGAUUCGCGAUCUGGAACGCCAACUUGCCUCGGGCUUCACAGCAACUGCAACCGGCGGCGAACAACAGGAUGAUGAUGAUGAAGAAGUCCAAACAGAAACCGGCACCAAAACAUGGGACAACGAGUCCAUCGCAGCCGGCGGGCGCGAAUCCGGGCCACACUUUAGACAGCUGCAUGGCAACUCUUCAAAAGGUCCGCUCCCCUGUUUCUCUGGUGAUGAACCGCACUUCCAUUAUCGGGUUUUGACCGUCAACAGCCACAAGCCCCAAGUGAUCAACAACAACAUCCGAGAGCAGCAGCGACACAUCGUCAUCAACAACAGCGACAGCGACGACGACAACAACAGCAGGACACCCAGUCCCAUAGCAGUCACUUUCAACAUCCCUGCACCACCAAAGCCAGCUGCUAGUCUCAACCCUCCUUCCAAAAGACAACAGCAACUUCCCACCAAGACCGCCAACUUUUUGGAUCCCAUAACCAAAAGCCCUCAAUCCUUUGUCCUCCAAAGUCUCAAACAUGAACCCACAACAACAACAACUGCAACACGUGGGCCAAAAAAACAUAAACCCCUUCCUCUCCUCCCCACCGACGCGCGCGCCAUCCCUCUUCGACCC